UUACAGAUGAAGACUGGAGACAGGUGGUGUCUGGAGAGAGGAGGCUGGAGACAGCAGGCAGAAACUUCAAAUACUGAAUAACAGAGUCUUGAAAGAUUCAUCAUGGGUAAUUUCACAAAGGAAUGAGUAACAAUAGUUAAGCAGCAAUUGGAAGAGGCCAGAAAAUGGCUACCUGACCUCCCAGCAACAACCUCCAGUCAGUGCAAGGUAUCAAAUUCAAACCCUGAUGGCAAUGUACAACUCAUCGUUCUCGCACCCAUUUAUGCUAACAAUGUCAUUUGGGGAGCUGACAUUGAUGAAAUAUCUUUACAGCAUCAUAGUUUUUCUUGGUUAUAUGUUUAUGCUCUUAUGUAAUGGCGUUGUCAUCACCGCCAUAGCACUCAACAAACGUUUACAUGAGCCAAUGUAUAUAUUUCUGUCUGUCAUGUGUAUAAAUGGGAUAUACGGUUGUACUGCAUUUUAUCCAGCUCUGUUUGUGCAUCUACUCAGUAAAACUCAAACAAUUUCUUAUAUCGGCUGUUUGGUUCAAGCAUUUUGCAUCCACACAUACGUAGGAUGUGAGAUGGCAAUUUUGACAGUUAUGGCGUUUGAUCGUUAUGUAUGCAUCUGCAAUCCUCUCAGAUAUAAUAGCAUCAUGUCUUUAAGCACCGUCUACAAGUUGAUCUUCGGAGUGUGGUUUUAUUGCAUCAUCCUAAUUGGUAUACACUUUAUGUUGACAAUUAAACUUUCUUUAUGUGAUUCAAUUUUACUGAAGAUAUAUUGUGACAACUGGUCUAUAGUUAGACUGUCCUGUAGUGAUACGACAAUAAAUAAUGCCUUUGGAUUAUUAAUCUCAUUAAUAUUUAUUGUAGUUAUGCCUAUUUUCAUAGUAGCCUCAUAUGUUAUGAUUUUGAAAGCGAGUUUGAAAGCCUCAAAGGACUUCAGAGCCAAAGCUUUGCAGACCUGCACCCCUCAUUUGGUAACAAUUUCUAACUUUAUCCUGGAUCUGUUUUUUGAUCUCUUUCUCUACCGUUCUAUUCCAACUAGCGUUCCUUAUGAGCUGAGGGUGGUCAUGUCAGUGCAAAUCAUUGUAAUUUCACCAUUUCUCAACCCUGUGAUCUAUGGAAUUAAAAUGAAGGAUAUUCGAGAACGAGUCAUUCAGCUCUUUUAUUUGAAAAGGUAA